AUGAAUCGAUCAAUCGCUUCUCUUACUGCUGACAGUCAUUUAUUUCAAUCAACAUUGAAAACAUCCGAUUUAAGAAAUUAUGAUUUUUUCUUUCGUAAAUUACGUCGAUCACAAAGAACGACACGUAAAAAUGAAAAAGAGAGACAUGCUCAUUUGCUUCGAGAACAAACGGAAGCACUGGAAAAAGCAUUUAUUCUUGUUGAUACGAAUAAAGAUGGCGAAAUAAUGGCGAAUGAAAUGGCGAGAGCAGUAAGAACAUUUGGCUAUAAUUUAAGUGAGAGUGAAGCGUAUGACAUAAUAGCAAGUGUUGAUACUGAUUCAUCAGGCACAAUUGAUUUUAAUGAAUUUGUCAAAAUGGUUCAAACUCGUUUGCCAACAAAACAUAAUGAUGAAGCGUUAAAUUUAGCAUUUGAUCUUAUCGAUAUAAAUCAAGAUGGAAACAUCGAUGUUAAUGAACUCAGACAAAUAAUGGUUAAACUUGGUGAAAAAAUGACUGAUGAUGAUGUUGAUGAAAUGAUACGUGAAGCAGAUAUGGAUAAAAAUUAUUUAAUUAAUCGAGCAGAAUUUUCACGAAUUAUCACCAUGAAAGAAUCAAAUAUGGAUCUACAAGAAACAUCAUGA